CGAGUUGCUUUUCUCUCAAAAAAUUAGUAAAACUUAAGUAUCGUCAUUUUGUUCAAUAUAAAUUGCUAGGGUGAUGAAGAAUCCAAGAAUUUUUACUAUGUUCUUGCUAAUUUUGGUCUUGGGGGAUUUAAGCUCCAAUGCUGAAGCUAAGGCCUUCUUUGUGUUUGGAGACUCAUUGGUGGAUAACGGAAACAACAACUACUUGGUCACCACCGCUAGGGCCGAUGCCCCGCCCUAUGGCAUCGACUACCCAUCGCACCGUCCCACUGGUCGCUUCUCCAACGGCCUCAACAUUCCCGAUAUCAUCAGUGAAACGAACGGGUGGGAACCGACAUUGCCAUACCUGAGCCCCGAGCUUACCGGGCAGAAAUUGCUUGUUGGUGCCAACUUUGCUUCAGCAGGAGUUGGAGUACUAAAUGACACAGGAAUCCAGUUUGUAAACAUUAUUAGAAUAUACCAACAACUGAACUUGUUCAAACAGUACCAGCAGAGAUUAAGCGAAGUUAUUGGGAGAGAAGAGACUGAUAGAGUUGUGAAGGAUUCACUAGUGUUGAUUACAUUAGGUGGGAAUGAUUUUGUGAACAACUAUUAUUUGGUGCCAUUCUCUAUCAGGUCUCAGCAAUAUUCUCUCGAAGACUAUGUGCCAUUUGUCAUUUCCGAGUACAAAAAAGUGUUACAUAGGUUGUACAACCUUGGGGCUCGACGGGUUUUGGUGACCGGAACGGGCCCGUUAGGAUGCGUCCCGGCUGAAUUGGCCCAGCAUAGUCGAAAUGGGGAGUGUGCAGCUGAAUUGAUGAGAGCUGCUGCACUUUUCAACCCUCAGUUGGUUCAAAUGCUUGAUCAACUUAACAGAAAAGUUGGUGACAAUGUGUUCAUUGCUGCUAACACCAAUCAAAUGCAUCUGGAUUUCAUCUCCAACCCUCAACAAUUUGGAUUUGUGACCUCGAAGAUAGCAUGUUGUGGACAGGGCCCGUACAACGGGGUGGGCCUCUGCACGCCGCUCUCAAAUCUCUGCCCGAACCGAGAUGCGUACGUGUUCUGGGAUCCGUUUCACCCGUCAGAACGGGCCAACCGACUAAUAGUUCAGCAAAUCUUGACCGGAUCCAACACCUACAUGCACCCAAUGAACCUUAGCACAAUCUUGGCUAUGGAUUCACGGGCCUAAUGCAAGGCCCAAUUCUAGAGGCUAUUUGAAGGAAGGCAUGGAAAUUUCACAACAAUUCAUUAUUUGCAUGCCUAUAAAAAUAGCACUAGCGUUCAAUUUAGUUUUCAUUUUCGUUA